AUGUUAAGGAAUUGUGCUACACAGAGAUCAAGCAUUUUCGUUAGGUAUGCCUCCCACGGUGGCUACAAGAGAUGGAUGCAAACGGUACCAAGUUCGGUCAAGAGACUGCCAGUGGCAAACUUUGGCUCAUUGAACUACCAGCUCAAUCAAGAGAUGGCCCCUGUACAGCAGCAAUCGCUGCCUAGAGGAGGCUCUCGCUGGUCGAAGCAUUCCCUUUCGUUCCCUGCCCCAAAACCACAAGAACAAAAGACACAGCAACAGCCUGAACAGCAUGAAUCAAUCACUAUUGCAUCGCCACCACAGCCAGUGGCUAGAAAGUCGAGAACCUCGAGGUUCAGAAAUGCUGCCAAGUCAUCUAGAGAGGUCAAGGAGGCCUCCUCGAAGCAUGAAGAGAUCACCAAUAAAGAGGUUAAGGAAACGCCGGCAACUUCAAACAAGACCACUGCACAAACCGUUUCGACGGAAGAGAAGCCUUCUGUUGCAUCUGCACCACUUCCAAAGGUCAGUGAAGAGAAGAAGGCUCCUGAAGCCUCGGCCAAGCCCAAGAAGGCCAGAAGACAGUUGCGUCCUAGAAAAGCAUUGAUCACAUUAUCCCCAGGUGCUGUGAGUCACCUUAGAGCAUUGAUAGAUCAACCCGAGCCCCAGCUCAUCCGCAUUGGUGUGAGAAACAGAGGUUGUUCGGGAUUGACGUACCAUUUGGAGUACGUUUCGAAACCAGGUAAGUUUGACGAGUUGGUGGAGCAGGAUGGUGUCAAGGUCUUGAUUGACUCAAAGGCCCUUUUCUCCAUCGUUGGUUCCGAGAUGGACUGGAUUGACGACAAGCUCUCGUCCAGAUUCAUCUUCAAGAAUCCUAACUCGAAGGGUACCUGCGGCUGCGGCGAAUCAUUUAUGGUUUCCUCUAACCCCAAGGAUGUCAUUGCCGUUGCUGAGUUCCCUCAGUUUGGUUGUGGCGAGAUGGAAGGAUAUGUGCUGUUUGAGAGUCCCAACGGUGACAAGGUCGACGUCCAUGUCGACGUGACCAAGUUGCCUUCUGACGGCGGGCCUUUCUACUACCAUAUCCACGAGUUCCCGGUUCCUGAUGACGGAGAUUGUGAAGGCGUUGGCAGAGAGUUUAACCCCUACCACGCCUCUCCUGAAUGUGACGCCCAGCCUGGCGACGCUUAUUGUAAGCUUGGUGACUUGUCAGGCAAGCAUGGCGCCAUCAAGGCUACGUGCUUCCAGACCGACUACUGUGAUCCAUAUCUCUCAUUGGACGGGUACUCGAAGGCCAACAUCAUUGGCAAGUCAAUUGUGUUCCACUACUCGGACAUGACCAAGAUUGCCUGUGCUAACAUCGAGUACGGAACCGAGGAGCAGAUGGAACGCCUCCAAAGCCCAUCUGGAUCAGACAGCGACGAUGAUGUCGACACUGUCUAUGACAAACGGGACGUAAACAGUGGUCAUGUUCCCACCACCACUUUCGUUGCCCCUGAAAGCACUGCCCCUGGCUCUGCCACCUCAGGGUCCAAUACCGAGGGUGUCAGCUCAACCAACGGUUUUGCGACCAAGGUUGUGAACUCAACCACCACUACCACCACGGGGAACAGAUCCAACGUGACUAACUUUGGCCACGAGUCUGCCUGUGAGGAGGGCGCCGCCAGCAGCGUCAAGGCUGCCUUUGGCACCGUCUUUGGUGUCUUGGCCACCCUUCUCUUUUGA